AUAAAAAACACAAUCUCUCUCUUUAUUUCAUUUUAUUAGUUGUUUAAUAACGGUGGUUUACAUUUUACACAGACUACCCGAAAUACCCCUGUCAUCUGUCAUCCAUUCAAAUCUGAAUUUCCAUUUUCUCACCAUUUUCUCUGAUUUUUCUCUCUCCUUUCUGUUAACCAGAGCGCCAACAACACACUGUGAACAACCCGCCUCUUCUUCUCUCAUUCAUGGAGUUUCAGAGACACCAAAGUCACUGCCUCUCUGAGAGGAAGGGGCAAAAACGAAAGCUAGACGAAAAUUUUCCCGAGGAACGACAGAUCUCGGCACCGCCGCCAACCGCCGACGAACGUGCUUUACUUCUCGCCGAAGUAGUCAACCAGGUGAACAUUCUCGAGUCUACUUUCACGUGGAAUGAAGCCGAUCGAGCAGCGGCUAAGCGCGCCACUCAUGCUCUCGCCGAUCUCGCGAAGAAUGAGGAAGUGGUGAACGUGAUUGUUGAAGGAGGUGCAAUUCCGGCUUUGAUUAAGCAUCUUCAAGCGCCUCCUGUGAAUGAUUGUGUUCCUAAGCCAUUGCCAUUUGAGCACGAGGUUGAGAAAGGAAGUGCUUUCGCGCUAGGACUUCUUGCCGUUAAGCCAGAACAUCAGCAGCUAAUUGUUGACAAUGGUGCCUUAACACACCUUGUGGAUCUUUUAAAGAGGCAUACAAAUGGCCUAACUUCUCGUGCCAUUAAUAGUCUCAUUCGUAGGGCUGCAGAUGCUGUUACUAAUCUGGCACAUGAGAAUAGCAACAUUAAAACCCAUGUCAGGAUGGAAGGUGGAAUUCCACCACUUGUGCAUUUACUUGAAUUUUCUGAUACAAAGGUGCAAAGAGCAGCUGCCGGUGCGUUGAGAACCCUAGCUUUUAAAAAUGACGAAAAUAAAAAUCAGAUUGUUGAAUGCAAUGCUCUUCCGACUCUGAUUCUAAUGCUGCGUUCUGAGGAUGCUGCUAUUCAUUAUGAAGCGGUGGGUGUGAUCGGAAAUCUAGUUCACUCUUCUCCUAAUAUAAAAAAAGAGGUUCUUUUUGCUGGUGCUUUACAACCAGUUAUUGGAUUACUUAGCUCCCGCUGCUCUGAAAGUCAGAGGGAAGCAGCGUUGUUACUUGGACAGUUCGCAGCAACGGAUUCAGACUGUAAGGUUCACAUUGUACAGAGAGGCGCUGUCCGGCCUUUGAUAGAGAUGCUUUCGUCUCCUGAUGUACAGCUCAGAGAAAUGUCUGCCUUUGCAUUAGGGAGAUUGGCCCAGGACACACAUAACCAAGCUGGUAUUGCACACAAUGGUGGCUUGGUUCCACUGCUCAAGCUUCUUGACUCAAAAAAUGGGUCUUUGCAACAUAAUGCUGCUUUUGCUCUUUAUGGCCUUGCAGAGAAUGAGGAUAAUGUAUCUGAUUUCAUUAGGGUAGGUGGAGUUCAGAGACUACAGGAAGGGGAGUUUAUUGUUCAAGCAACUAAAGAUUGUGUUGCCAAGACAUUGAAAAGAUUAGAGGAGAAGAUUCACAGUCGUGUGCUGAACCAUCUGUUAUAUCUCAUGCGAGUUUCUGAAAGGGGUUUUCAAAGGCGAAUUGCUUUGGUUCUUGCGCAUCUUUGUUGUGCAGAUGAUCAAAGAAGAAUUUUUAUUGAACACCAUGGUCUUGAGUUGCUUAUCGGGCUACUUAGCUCAUCUAGCUCCAAGCAGCAACUUGACGGUGCUGUGGCUUUAUGCAAGUUGGCCAAUAAAGCCUCGGCUCUGUCUCCCAUAGAUGCUGCUCCUCCUUCUCCAACACCACAGGUCUACUUAGGAGAGCAGUAUGUAAACAAUGCUACAUUGUCCGAUGUUACAUUUUUGGUUGAAGGCAAACGAUUUUAUGCUCAUAGAAUUUGUCUGCUUGCAUCUUCAGAUGCAUUUCGUGCAAUGUUUGAUGGUGGUUAUAGGGAGAAGGAUGCAAGGGACAUAGAGAUCCCAAAUAUUAGAUGGGAAGUUUUCGAGUUGAUGAUGAGAUUUAUAUAUACUGGAUCGGUUGAUGUCACUCCAGAUAUUUCUCAAGACCUACUUCGAGCAGCUGAUCAAUAUCUUUUAGAAGGACUGAAGAGACUGUGUGAGUACACAAUUGCACAGGAUAUAUUACUAGAGAACGUGUCAAGUAUGUAUGAACUUUCAGAAGCCUUCAAUGCAAUAUCGUUGAGGCACACAUGCAUUCUUUUUAUUUUGGAGCACUUUGAUAAGUUGAGCACAAGGCCAGGGCACCCUCUUCUGAUUCAGCGUAUAAUACCAGAGAUCCGGAAUUACUUUGUUAAAGCUCUUACAAAUGCCAACCCCCAUAGACUGUAAUGUGCAGCCAUUCUAUUCUUGACCUCUAACCAAUUGUGAUGUACAGAUUGUAGAUGUUGUUCCUUGUGUUGAACCAGGAAGGGGGUCUCCUAUGCGAUACAGGUUGACUAAGAAAUAGGUUACCCCAGAGAGUAGUGCAUGUUCUCUUUCUUUUUUUCUUUGAUGCGGUGUAAGCCCCUUUCUGUCUCUAGCAUCAUUAUUAUCAUAGUAAAUAUACGACCUUCACGAACAUUGUUUUUUCUUAUGCAAAUAUUGUGAUGGUUCUAUUCCUCAUGAUAAUUGUUUCCCCAAUGUAUAUAUGACAAUUAUAUACUAUAUUAGAUAAUUGUCUACAAAAAGUUAAAGUGCUGGGUAA